AUGAAUAGUAAUCUUAUAAGCCUGUCUGCUUAACUUAUGUAAGCAUAAGACAUUUAAAAGUAUUUAAUAAAAGAUGUAAGAUGAAUAAUUAAACUUAAUAGUUCAAUCGAACCACUCUAAAGUUGAGAUACUUUGAAUAAGGAUAUAAUGAUGGAAGACCUAUUUCUUUGAAUAAAGCUUAUUUAGAGAGACAAGAUGAUGAGAUUUACAAUGAAGAGAGAAUGAGAAAAGCCAAACCAAUGUAUAGAUUAAUGUUUGGAACUGAAUUUCAUAUUAAAGAAUUGUCAAAUAGAUUAAGAGUAUUACUAAAAGAAUUAGGUGUUCAUGUAGCAGCCUAAGAUACAAGAGGAUUAAAUAGUCAAAUAACAUUGGCAUUUGUAGAUCUUUUAGAAGAAAUUUACAUAAUUUAUAAAUAGACAAUAAUGUAAGGAGAAGAGAGUUAAUAAUAUUUUAUGAAAAGUGUAAUGAAUGUAUUAGCUACAUAUAGAGGAUAUGAUUUUAUUAUUAUUGAACCAAAUUACAAUGAAGUUUAACUUUAAAUUCUUUAUUCAACUAUGUAUGAAGUAGAUAGUUCAAUUGACAGAAUUAUGGCAUAGACUCUACAUUAAGAAGAUGAUUAAUCUAAAUAAAUUAUAGAAUAUGGAACAUUUAAUGAUUUUAUAAAACAUUAUAAGGAUGUUAUUAAUAUGAAUCCAUUAAAUGUGUAAUCUAAUUGGGAAAUAUAAUUUUAAGAAGAACAAUAGUAGAAAGAAACUAAUUAGAUUGAAGUUAUAUAAGACAGAGAAAAAAUUAAUUAUUUACAAGAAUUUGAUAAACAAUUUCAUAAUGUUUUAGUAAAAGUAUCUCCAGAAUUUUGGCCUUUAUUAGUAUUUGAUUUAUUAAAGGAUUUAUGUGAUAAAAAAUUAAGUAAUUAAAAUUUGGAAUGUAAAUUUUUUGAUAUAUUAAAAAAUGUUAAAGCUGCAUAAUACUUAUUAAUUUAUAGAAAAGAAAUAGUUAAAUUUUUAACUGAAAAGAAAUUUUAGGAUAUGUAAAAUCAGUAAUAAAAGCCAUAGAUUUAAAAUAAUGGUAUAGCAACAUCAAAUCAUUAAUUGUUAGCUAAAAUAGGAAUAGAUGUUUAAUAAGAAGGAAUGUUAGGAUUAAAAAAAUAAGAAUUUUAAAAUUAACCAAAAGUUUAAACAACUUUUUAAGAAGGUUUAAUAGAAUUUGAUCCAGAAUAAUAUACAAGAAUGGAAUAAUAAACUUUGGUUAGAUAUUUUCCGACUUCAACUAGAACAGAUAAAUUAGAAUAUUUAUAUAUAAGAAUUGAUCCAUUACCUAAAAAACCAAUAAAAGAGGAUAAAUUAAUACCAAUUUAAGAUCUUCCAGAAUGGGCAAGAAAAGCAUUUGAUGGAACAAAUAGUUUAAAUAUGAUUUAAUCAUAAAUUUAUCCAAAAGCAUUUUUAACUGAAGAAAAUCUAUUAGUUUGUGCACCAACAGGAGCAGGUAAAACAAAUAUAGCAUUAUUGGCAAUACUUCAUGAAGUAUCUAAAAGAGUAGAUGAAAAGGAUAAAAGAUUAAAAGAUUAAGAUUUCAAAAUUGUAUAUAUAUCUCCAAUGAAAGCAUUAGCGAGUGAAAUAGUUGAAAAAUUUUAGACAAAACUUAGAUAUUUGGGAAUAAAAGUAAAAGAAUUUACAGGAGAUAUGUAAUUAUCUAAAAAAGAAUUAUAAGAAACACAUAUAAUAUUAACAACUCCAGAGAAAUGGGAUGUUAUAACAAGAAAAACAAAUUAAAUAAGUGAAUAAUUAAAAUUAUUAAUUAUUGAUGAAGUUCAUUUACUUAAUGAUGAAAGAGGUCCAAUAUUAGAAUGUGUAGUUGCUCGUACACUUUUAUAAGUUUAAAGAGCUUAAAGACAUAUAAGAUUAGUAGGUUUAUCUGCAACAUUACCAAAUUAUUGGGAUGUUGCAAUAUUUUUAGAAUGCCAUAAAGAUAGUGUUUUCUUUUUUGAUCAUACUUGUAGACCUGUACCAUUAUGUUAAAAAUUUAUUGGAUGUAAAGAACCACAUUAAGCACCUGCAAAGGGAUAAAGAAGAAGAACUAAAAAAGAUAUUUAAAAUGAAUAAGCAUAUGAAUUAAUGAGUGAAGUAGUUAAGCACAAUAAAUAAGUAUUAAUAUUUGUACAUUCUCGUAAAGAGACAGUUGUAUAUGCAAAAUGGAUAUUAGAAAGAGCUAGUAGAUUAGGGGAUAGACAUAUUAUAGGUUAGACUAAAAUAAAUUGUACAAAAAUUAAUGAUAAUGAAUUAAAAAAACUAUUACCUUAUGGAUUAGCAUUUCAUCAUGCUGGUAUGUUAAGAGCAGAUAGAAAUUCAGUAGAGAGAUUAUUUUUAAGUGGAGAAGCUAGAGUAUUAAUAGCAACAGCAACAUUAGCUUGGGGUGUUAAUUUACCUGCAUUUGCUGUUAUAAUUAAAGGAACAGAUGUUUUUGAUGUAAGUAGAGCAGAUAUGUAAAAUUUAUGUGUUUUGGAUGUAUAAUAAAUGUUUGGUAGAGCUGGAAGACCAUAAUUUGAUGAUAAAGGAGAAGCUACUCUUAUUACUGAUUUCAAUAAUGUUGGACAUUAUAUGGGUAUGUUAAAUAAUGCAAGUUAUAUUGAAAGUAAAUUGUUGACAUUUCUAAGAGAAGCUUUAAAUGCAGAAAUUGUUUUAGGAAAUAUUACUAAUUAUACUGAAGCAUAUAAUUGGAUGUGUCAUACAUUUUUAAGUAUUAGAUUAAGAAGAAAUCCUUUACAUUAUGGUGUUUAAAAAGAAUUCGAUGAUUUAGAAUUAGACUGUGAUACUUUAGUUUAAGAAAAAAUUGAAUAAGCUUUAAAAUAAUUGGAUUCAUUAAAAUUGGUCAGAUAUGAUACUAGAAAUCAUUUAGUAACAUCAACAGAUUUGGGUAGAAUUGCUUCACAUUACUAUAUAAAAUGUGAAACAAUGAAGAUUUUGUGUGAUGAAAUGGGUUUGUCAUUUGAUUAAUAAGAGAAAUAAAAAUUUAAUGAUAAAAAUUAAUAUUAAUUACUUAAGAUUAUUGCAAAAGCAAAAGAAUUUGAGAUGAUAAGAGUGAGACCAGAAGAAACAAAAGAAUUAUAAAAGAUAUAUGAUGAAGGUUGGGCAUUUGAUGAAGAUCCUGAUAUCAGAAGUGAUUAAUUUGAAAAUGAGAGUGUUAUUGAUACUUAAGAAAAAGUUAUAGCACUUAUUAGUGGUUAUCUUGUUAAAAUUAAUCUGGAAAAUUAUGCUUUAAUUAUGGAUACUCACAUAAUUAUUUAAAAUACUAUAAGAUUGUUGAGAUGUAUGUUGGAUAUGGCAAUAAAAAAAAAUUAAGCAUGUAUGGCUUUGGAACUAUUAAAAUUAUGUAAAUUAAUUGAAAAUAGAAUGGGUCCUGGUUAAAGUCCACUCUUUUAAUUUAGUAAGGAUAACUUUUCAGGUUUUAAUACUAGAAAGAUAAUGAAAUCUAAAGAUGCUUAUAUGCCAAGAGCCUGGAUAGGUGCAUUGGCUGAUACUACUAUCGAUGCAUACAGAAUGAAACAUGAAGAUGACUCUAUUCUUGCUACAAUAUUAACAAUUCCUUAGAAUUUGAUUUGUCAAUUUAAAGUUUAUUUAAAUACUUUACCAGAUUUGGAAAUUGAAUAUAAGGUUAAGCCUAUAUCUUAAACUAUUUUAUAAUUGAUUGUUUUUAUAACUCCAUUAUUUAUAUUCAAUAGCAAAUGGCAUUUAAAAAAUGAACCAUUUUGGCUAUUUGUUGAUGAUUCUGAAGAGUUAUUACAUUCUGAGGAAUUUUUAAUGGAUAUGGAUACUAUAAUAAGAAAAAAUACUAUGUAAAUAUCAUUUUAUGUUCCAUUUAAUUCGAAAUGUAAGUUUUAUCAUUUGACAGUUUAAAGUGAUAGAUGGAUAAUGUUAGAUGGGGAUUUAUCUUCAGUUAAAAUAGAUUUAUCAAAAGUAUCAAUGUAAGAUGAUUAAAUAGAUUUUACUGAACUUUUAGAUUUAUAACCUUUACCAGUAAGUGCAUUAAAUAAUCCCGAAUUCGAAUAAUUAUACCAUCAAUAUAAAUACUUUAAUCCAAUAUAAACAUAAGUAUUCUUUGGAUUAUAUAAUACUGAUGAUAAUAUAUUGAUAGGUGCACCAACAGGUUCAGGUAAAACAAUAAUGGCAGAAUUUGCAAUGUUAAGAGUAUUCAAAUAGUCACCAUAAUUUAAGGUGGUUUAUAUAGCACCUUUAAAGGCAAUAGCAAAAGAAAGAUUGAAAGAUUGGACAAAGAGAUUGAAAGAGAUAAAUAAAAGUGUAUUAGAAUUAACAGGAGAUUAUACUCCAGAUUUAUAAGCACUUUUAAAGGCUCAUGUAUUAAUAACAACCCCAGAAAAAUGGGAUGGUAUAAGUAGAAGUUGGAAUAAUAGAGAAUAUGUUAGAUAAACAUGUCUGUUAAUUUUUGAUGAAAUUCAUCUACUUGGUUAAGAUAGAGGUUAAGUAUUAGAAGUUAUAGUUAGUAGAAUGAAUUCAUUAAGUUAUGAUACAAAUAAGAAAACUAGAAUGAUUGGAUUAUCAACAGCUAUGGCAAAUGGAUUAGAUGUCAGUAAUUGGUUUGGAGUUAAGAAGGGUAGAUUUUAUAAUUUUAAACCUUCUUGUAGACCUGUUCCUGUAACUAUACAUUUUAAUGGAUUUCCAGAAAGAGCCUAUUGUCCUAGAAUGGCUACUAUGAACAAACCAGCAUAUCAAGAUAUUAAGAGAUAUAGCGAUGGAAAGCCAACAAUUAUUUUUGUAUCAUCUAGAAGAUAAACUCGUUUGACAGCUUUAGAUAUUAUAGCUUUAGCUAUGUAAGAAGGAAAUGAAAAACAAUAUAUCUAAACUACAGAAUAAGAAUUAGCCUAAAUUUGUGUCAAAGUUGAUGACACAUAAUUAAAAUCUGUUUUGUAAUAUGGAAUAGGAAUUCAUCAUUCAGGUUUGGAUAAAAAUGAUAGAACUAUUGUUGAAAAUCUAUUUGUUUAAGGAAAAAUUUAAUUAUUAAUAGCAACAUCUACUUUGGCUUGGGGAGUUAAUUUUCCUGCAAGAUUAGUUAUUGUUAAAGGUACUGAAUUCUUUGAUCCAAAACUUAAAAAAUAUGUAGAUUUUCCAGUUACUGAUCUUCUACAAAUGAUAGGAAGAGCUGGUAGACCUUAAUAUGAUACUGUAGCUACUGCUUGUGUAUAUGUUGAAUAAAGUAAAAAGAAUUUCUACAGAAAAUAUCUUAAUUCUCCUUUUCCCAUUGAAUCAAGUCUACUUUAAGGUAUUUCUGAUCAUAUUAAUGCUGAAAUAUCUUCAGGAGUUGUUAAGAAUAAUUAAACGUUUAUAGAUUGGAUCACUUGGACAUAUUUCUUUAGAAGAUUGGUCAAAAAUCCCACAUUUUAUAAUUGUUCUUCUACUGAUAGUAAAUAGAUAUAAGAAUAUCUAAAUAACUUAAUUGCCAAUACUAUUAGUGAAUUAGUUUCAUCAAAAUGUAUCACAUAAGAAGAUGGUUAAUAUGAAUCAACCUUCUUAGGCAAAUUAGCUGCCUUUUAUUAUCUUAAACAUACAACAUUAAAGCAUUUUGAUGAAAAAAUAUAAAAGGAAAGCAAAUUUGAAGAUUUAUUAUUGGCUUUAGCUUAUUCUAGUGAAUUUGAUGAAGUACCAGUUAGGCAUAAUGAAGAACAUUUAAAUGAAGCCUUAUCAAAAAUAUGUAAAUUAAAAUGUGAUAAAAAUAAAAUGGACUGCCCUAAUGAAAAAGCUUACUUGUUGAUUUAAGCGCACAUUUUCAGAUUAAAAUGUCCUAUUAAAGAUUUUGAGACAGAUCAGAAACUUAUUUUAGAUUCUUGUAUUAGAAUAAUAAGUUGCAUGAUAGAAAUAUCUGUUCAUAAAGGUUAUCUAUAGACAACUAUAAAUAUUAUUUAUAUGUUGUAAACGAUGGUUUAAGGUUUUGUAAAAAAUGAUGAGUAAAUUUUAAUGAAUUUACCUCAUUUACAUAAACUUAAAUAAGAAUAAUGUAUAAACAGAGUUAGAACUAUUAAAGAUUUACUGUCAUUUUUUAAUGUAAUUAUAUAUAUCUAAUUUUUUAGCUUAGAGAUUUUGAAAAUUUUUUAUAAACAUAUGUUCCUUAAAAAGAAAAUAUUGCUGAAAUAAUGAAAGCUAUAAAUGCAUUACCUGAUGUCAAAUUAGUUUAUACUAAAACUGAAAAUUAAUUAAAGGUAAAUCUAAAAAAUGAAAGCAAACCUGAUAACAGGGUUUAUAUAUAGAAGCUUAGCAAAUAAAGAGAAGCUUCAUGGUGGCUAAUUCUUGGAGAAGAAGAUCGUAUUGUUUAAAUGAAAAAGGUUUAUUUGAAAAGCACAGCCAGUAAGGAUCUUGAUGUAGUUGAUUGGAAUAAAAAUUACAAAUUAUAUUUGAUGUCAGAUUCUUAUUUGGGUUUGGAUCAGAUAAUAGAUAUAAAAUGA